AUGCAUCGCUCUCGGGCUGCUGCUCGCUCUUCGAGCAAGACCCCUUCCGAGUCCUCGACGUCGAGCUCCCCCGAACGCGCCGCUGACGAUGAUACCGAUUUCUUUGCUCAGGCAAACGACUCGCAGUCUUCUAUUGGGGUAGGGACGUUUCGUGAACAAACAGCCAGCAAUGAGCUGGAUAUCAUUAUUCCCCCGAUCGGGCGGUUACCUCCGGAAAUCCUCAUAUCGAUAUUCUCAAAACUCAGCUCGCCUGCUGAUAUGCUACACUGUAUGCUGGUUUCUCGGAAAUGGGCAGCAAACUGUGUCGGCAUCCUUUGGCAUCGACCAUCUUGUAAUCGGACCGAGAAUCUUCGGAGCGUUGUGACAUCCGUGGGCAAAAGUGACAAUUUCUUUCCAUACUCCGAACUUAUUAGACGCCUAAACCUGGCGAGUUUGGCUCCCAAGAUUACCGAUAGUGAACUUUCGGCGUUUUUGCAGUGCAAACGCAUCGAGCGGUUGACACUGACGAAUUGUUCCAAGUUGACGGACAGGGGCGUAUCGGAUUUGGUAGAGGGAAAUCGACACCUGCAAGCUCUAGAUGUCUCUGAAUUGCAUUCGUUGACGGAUAAUUUCUUGUAUACCGUGGCCAAAAAUUGUCCACGUCUACAAGGGUUGAAUAUUACCGGUUGCGCCCAGAUAUCAGACGAAUCACUAGUAGUGAUAUCUCAGGCCUGCAGACAUCUUAAAAGACUGAAACUCAAUGGCGUAAGCCGAGUUACGGACGCGUCCAUUCUCUCCUAUGCAGAGAACUGCCCAUCAAUACUUGAAAUUGAUUUGCAUGAUUGUAAACAAGUCACCAGUCGUUCGGUGACAGCUCUGCUGUCCACUUUGCGUAACAUGCGAGAAUUACGCUUAGCUCAAUGCGUCGAAAUUGAUGACUCUGCCUUCCUUCGACUUCCUCCCCAUUCUCUGUUCGACAGCCUCCGCGCCCUAGAUCUUACUGCUUGCGAGCAGAUUAGAGAUGAUUCUAUUGAGCGUAUCACUGAUGCAGCUCCUCGACUACGACAUCUUGUCCUCAACAAAUGCAGAUUCAUCACGGACCGUGCCGUGUUGGCUAUCUGCAAGUUGGGGAAGAAUCUGCAUCUGGUGCACCUAGGUCACUGUCUCAAUAUUACCGAUGCCGCAGUUUCCCAGCUUGUGAAGUCUUGCAACCGCAUCCGCUACAUUGACCUGGCCUGCUGCAAUUUGCUCACAGAUGAGAGUGUUCAACAACUAGCAACCCUACCGAAGUUGAAACGCAUAGGGUUGGUUAAGUGCCAAGCAAUUACGGACUGGAGCAUAUUGGCUCUUGCUCGCUCGAGGGCUCAUGCGCAUUCUGUUAGUCCCAGCUGUCUGGAAAGGGUGCACCUUAGUUAUUGUGUGAACCUGACUAUGCAGGGCAUCCAUGCACUCCUCAACUUCUGCCCGCGCCUGACUCAUUUGAGUCUGACUGGGGUUCAGGCAUUCUUACACGAAGACCUUACUGCAUUCUGCCGUGAUGCGCCCGCAGAAUUCACUCCACAACAACGCGAGGUCUUUUGCGUAUUUAGCGGCGAAGGCGUAGUGAAAUUACGCGACUACCUGAAUCGGAAUGUCGGGCCUUUCCAUUCGGAAACUGAAGCUACAAUGUACGACGAUGAAGAGGAGCUAGACGAAGAAGAGACCCGUGUCACCGGAUUGAUGAGCGCCGCGGCCAUUCGUGACGAUGACGACGACAUGGGUGACAGCGUUAUCGAAGUUGGGCCACCCACUGGCUGAACCUGCAGUCGUUCCACCUGUAUACAUAAACAUACAAUGUCACGACCAACGGUUGACUUCGACCAGUGAUCAAUCAGUGUGGAUAGUUACCAACUGUACUGCAGCGUUAAAGAACCAGAAACUACCGAACAGCCCGUGUCGCUUUUCUUUCGGUCUAGUGAUUAUGGGAUGUCAAUUACCCAUUUUCUUUUAACGAUAUCUUUGCCAGCCGCAGCGGUUCUACUAUCUCGAGUAUUAUUCAUUGUACGGCACUAGCAAAACUUUUCUCUUGCGUUUUCAAAUUGAUACCCAUAUCGGAUUCAUAGCGACUUGAUGGUUUGGACUACAGCUGGAAGAGUGUUUCUUGUCUCUCUGUUUUUGUUUUGGUUGGUUUGCAUCACGCCUUCAAGAUGAGGAACAGACUAUGAAUUGCAGUACACAGA